CAUGGUGGCAUUUGAUUUCCCUCGCCAAAUUUCCGGGUGGCCGCCAUCUUGGGCCGUUGUAACAGAAUGUCCUCCGCCUACAGAGAUCGGACGGCUGAGUUCCGGUCACUGUCGCAGACACUAUUAAGGAUCGGAGGGACAGCAGCUGUUGGUGACCAUGCUCAAAGUGAUCCCCUUUUAAAAGCUCCGCCACCGGCCUCCUACAGAUCCGAAUUCAACCAGAAGGCUGCUCGGAUCGGUGCCGGCAUUCAGGAAACCUCUCAGAAAAUUGGCAGGCUCGCCAAAUUGGCGAAAAGGUCAUCAAUGUUUGAUGAUCCUGUUGUGGAAAUACAGGAAUUAACUGCAUUGAUAAAGAAUGAUAUUACGGCACUAAACAUGGCUCUGUCCGAUUUACAAACCCUUCAAAACAUGGAGAUUGCUGAUGGAAAUUAUUCUGAAGAUAGAGUGGUUCAUUCCACAACUGUUUGUGAUGACUUAAAAGGCAAAUUAAUGGGGGCGACAAAACAUCUUCAAGAUGUGUUAACUACAAGAACAGAAAACAUCAAGGCUCAUGAAAACAGAAAACAGAUGUUUUCCAAAAAUGCAUUGAGAGAGAAUCCGUUUCAACAUCAAAGAGAAACUGUGACCGAGCCACCUCCAUGGUCAAAUUCUUCAAAUGUAUCUGGGAGUUUGCAGCCAUCAGGAUUGCCUUCCAAUGGAGUUCAAGUUGGCAGCCAAUUAAGACGAAGGCCAGCUGUGGACAACACACCUUCCCACCAUAUGGAAAUGUCAAUGUUGCAGCAGGUUGUUCCACGACAAGAGAAUUAUACACAAAGCAGGGCUGCUGCUCUUCACAGUGUGGAAUCUACGAUUUCAGAACUCAGUGGGAUCUUCACGCAUUUGGCUACAAUGGUUGCACAGCAGGGGGAGCUAGCUAUCAGGAUUGAUGAGGACAUGGAUGAAUCACUGGCUAAUGUUGAAGGUGCUCGCAAUGCUUUGCUGAGGCAUCUUAACCAAAUAUCAUCAAAUAGGUGGCUUUUAAUCAAGAUAUUUGCCGUAAUAAUCUUUUUCCUGGUGGUAUUCAUCAUCUUCGUGGCUUGAAUGUGAUAAAUGAGCUCGUGGCAUAUUGGCUUAGUAAAGUGAUAUUCAUUGUGUAAAUACACUUGGCAUCUCCACUAUUCUUGUUACUGGCUUCUGUCAUACUUACAAGAGCAUACUUGUACCAAUCAACCUAUUAGCCUAAUGGUUUAUAAGUUAGCUGAUUGCACCUUCUGGGGAUCAACUACUUGAUUUGUGUUUGUAACAAUUGCAGCUUCAAAAACUGAUACCUGUUCAUAUGUUAAUUCUCUGUGAGACUAGGAUUGUAUAUCCAUGAAUGAAUGCAGACAACUCCU